GGGGGCGGGGCUGAGCCGGUGUGUAUGGAGCGCCCCCCCCGUGUCCCGCUGUCAGUGGGAUUAUGGCCCGGGAUUGCACGGAGAGCCGGUUCUGGGAGGUCCUGGCUCGGUGCGGAGGCCCCCAGCGGGUGCUGCUGGUCGGGGAGCUGUGGGAGCGGGCGGAGAGCCGGGCGGUGCUGGAAGGCUUCCUGCGGGCGCUGUUCCCGGACCAGUCCCAGGAUCCGGUCGCCCACCGGCCGGCUCGGUUCUCCCUCGUGUUCUUCCUGUGCCGGGCUGAGUCUCUCCGGCUGCGGGAGGCCCGGGGGCAGCUGCGGGAGAUCCUGCGGGAUGUGAAGGAGCGGACUCCGGGGGGCGGGGCGGUCAUUGGGGUCAUCAUCCCGCCCGACAGCCCGGACAGCGAGACCCCCGGGCACGGCCCGGCCACGGACAGCGAGCCCCCCGGGCACGGCUCGGCCACGGACAGCGAGCCCCCCGGGCACGGCCUGGACUCGGCUCCCGGGGAGCUGUCCGCCAUGCUGGACCUUCUGCAGUCCGUGUUCCCGCCGGGGAAGGGCCGCUGGCCGGAGGUCCGAGCUGCAGUCCUGCUCCCGGGGAAGGAGGAGAGCCGGAGGGAGGUGCAGAGAGCGGCCUGCGAGGCUCUGACAGCGGCAGGUACUCCCCGAGAUCCCCCAACCAGGGGCUUUAUAGUGUCCGACCGACCAUGAGUUCCUGCACAACCAUCACCACUUAAUGCUGACAGGCUGUGCAGGAAAAGUGCUGCCCUGUAUUGUUUUCUAUUCAUCACAUGCUGUAUGAGGGAAACCAAUCCAUUAAUCAAGGCUGCCCACUGUCCAUUAGUAAACUUCAUUCCCGCACCACUGAAAUCUACAGAAUACAGGGCAAACUUUUCAUGUGGUUCCCAACAUGUGGUGUGUGUGUCCAGGAAAAUAGAGUGCUGGCAGCAGCUGAGCAGAAUCUCGAAUUUCCCAAAUUGUGAUUAUCAGCCAUAGUACUAGUUAUAUAUAUUGGCAGCCUAAUCGUGGUAAUGUCAAACUGUGUAUGUGACUACUAACAGGUCGCAAGAGCAGGUUAUUCCUGCUAUCAAUAGUGAUAACGGUUUAAAAAAAAAAAAAAAGUACCUAUUGUCUUAUACCACUUAAAAUUCGCAAAAGCAAAAUUGUCACCAAAUGAAUUCUCUCUUCCACUGGCAUUCCUUAUCCCUGCACUACUGCUUACAUCUGUAUAGCAUUGCACAGAGUGAGAUGGUCAACAUCUGACUCAAUUAUUUUAAAAUAUCACACAUCCUCAUCCUUAUUUAUUUACAUUUUAUUUGUCUGAGUAGGUAGAUUAACAAAGCCACCUUUACACAUCCAUUGCAUUUGGGAGAAGUGCUUGUUGAAUAUGCCGUUUGCUGGACCUGUAUAACUGUCCCAAAGUCUGUUUGAGUUAAGUCCUCAUUUCACUUAAAUGGGGCUUCUGGUGGGGGUUGGUUAGAAUUCAUUUGAGGGAGUUGUUACACUUCGCAAUGUAAAUGAUUGACUCUUCGGCCAAGCAAAACUGAAUUCUCUGAGAGACUUCUUUUUUAUUUAAUAGCUGUGUUUAUAUUUCUCUCCUACUAAUCCUGAAUUAUCCCAAUAGGCUAUGUGGCCCAAGUUCAAUAAUUUUGAAGUAUACGUGUUUGCUGAGCUGCAAUGGUAUAUCUUUAUGCCACAGUACUGCUUGAAUGUCAAGACCUGGCUCAAAGUCUACCCUUGAGCCAGGUCUAGAUAAACCUACACAUUCUGUUGCCAAAAUCAAAUCAAAUGCAGUUUAAAAGGUAACAUUGGGUGCAGAGAGAGACCACCUCCUCUUCGCACCAUGCUGUGUCCUGAAAUGAGACCUCAUAUAUCAAUAUUAAAUACGGUAGUAAUUCUUUAACUUUAAGUGCAGCUAUUUCACAAUUCCUAGGGUACAGGUGCAUGUUAAGAGCUGAGAUGCUGCUACAACAGUACAGCAUCUCAUUCUUCAUACAGGGAGUGCAGAAUUAUUAGGCAAGUUGUAUUUUUGAGGAUUAAUUUUAUUAUUGAACAACAACCAUGUUCUCAAUGAACCCAAAAAACUCAUUAAUAUCAAAGCUGAAUAUUUUUGGAAGUAGUUUUUAGUUUGUUUUUAGUUUUAGCUAUGUUAGGGGAUAUCUGUGUGUGCAGGUGACUAUUACUGUGCAUAAUUAUUAGGCAACUUAACAAAAAACAAAUAUAUACCCUUUUCAAUUAUUUAUUAUUACCAGUGAAACCAAUAUAACAUUUCAACAUUCACAAAUAUACAUUUCUGACAUUCAAAAACAAAACAAAAACAAAUCAGUGACCAAUAUAGCCACCUUUCUUUGCAAGGACACUCAAAAGCCUGCCAUCCAUGAAUUCUGUCAGUGUUUUGAUCUGUUCACCAUCAACAUUGCGUGCAGCAGCAACCACAGCCUCCCAGACACUGUUCAGAGAGGGUGUACUGUUUUCCCUCCUUGUAAAUCUCACAUUUGAUGAUGGACCACAGGUUCUCAAUGGGGUUCAGAUCAGGUGAACAAGGAGGCCAUGUCAUUAGAUUUUCUUCUUUUAUACCCUUUCUUGCCAGCCACGCUGUGGAGUACUUGGACGCGUGUGAUGGAGCAUUGUCCUGCAUGAAAAUCAUGUUUUCUUGAAGGAUGCAGACUUCUUCCUGUACCACUGCUUGAAGAAGGUGUCUUCCAGGAACUGGCAGUAGGACUGGGAGUUGAGCUUGACUCCAUCCUCAACCCGAAAAGGCCCCACAAGCUCAUCUUUGAUGAUACCAGCCCAAACCAGUACUCCACCUCCACCUUGCUGGCGUCUGAGUCGGACUGGAGCUCUCUGCCCUUUACCAAUCCAGCCACGGGCCCAUCCAUCUGGCCCAUCAAGACUCACUCUCAUUUCAUCAGUCCAUAAAACCUUAGAAAAAUCAGUCUUGAGAUAUUUCUUGGCCCAGUCUUGACGUUUCAGCUUGUGUGUCUUGUUCAGUGGUGGUCGUCUUUCAGCCUUUCUUACCUUGGCCAUGUCUCUGAGUAUUGCACACCUUGUGCUUUUGGGCACUCCAGUGAUGUUGCAGCUCUGAAAUAUGGCCAAACUGGUGGCAAGUGGCAUCGUGGCAGCUGCACGCUUGACUUUUCUCAGUUCAUGGGCAGUUAUUUUGCGCCUUGGUUUUUCCACACGCUUCUUGCGACCCUGUUGACUAUUUUGAAUGAAACGCUUGAUUGUUCGAUGAUCACGCUUCAGAAGCUUUGCAAUUUUAAGAGUGCUGCAUCCCUCUGCAAGAUAUCUCACUAUUUUUGACUUUUCUGAGCCUGUCAAGUCCUUCUUUUGACCCAUUUUGCCAAAGGAAAGGAAGUUGCCUAAUAAUUAUGCACACCUGAUAUAGGGUGGUGAUGUCAUUAGACCACACCCCUUCUCAUUACAGAGAUGCACAUCACCUAAUAUGCUUAAUUGGUAGUAGGCUUUCGAGCCUAUACAGCUUGGAGUAAGACAACAUGCAUAAAGAGGAUGAUGUGGUCAAAAUACUCAUUUGCCUAAUAAUUCUGCACUCCCUGUAGUUGUAAUCCCUGUUGCUAUGCCAAAGCCUAUGAAGGUUAAAACCAUGUAUAGUAAUAAUAUCACUAAAAUAUAUGUGUGUGUGUAUAUGUAUGUGAUAUUUCGGUUAGCACAACACAUACAUUACACUUUUUUUUCACUAGUAAUUUCUAAUUAAUGAAAUACAGAAUUGUUGCUAAACAUUGCAAAGUUUGAAGAACUUUAACAUGUUGGCUGACAAAGUUUAAAAUACGCAGUAUAUUAUCCAUUCACAUUGAUAAUUAUGUUACUUUUUAUUUUUAACAAGUCACAUUAGACCUUAUUAUUAUUAUUAUUAUUAUUAUUAAUUUACCCCUUCUCCCUACCAGUUGUAAUGGCAGUUCGUUAAAUAAAUAAUGAAAAAUGUAUGCAGACAUGUGAAUGAUGAACAAACGUGAAACUCCUUGCAGACACUAGGUGCAGAUUUAACUAUUGAUAGAUAUGCUACAUAUAGGAUGUUUUCAAAUUAGGUCUGUUUUCUAAUUGUCAGACCUACAUCACUGGAGGAGGGGGUCAUGUUCUUCGUUUCUGUCCUUCUCUUAAACACAAUAUUGUUUAUUACAGCUCUUUUAAAGUACUCCUAUAGGGAAAACUUGGUGUGUUUGUGUCCGUGUCCCCAGCUAGUGCUAGAUCUUUUUUUAGUUGUGUUCAGUCUGAAUUUAACUAAAUUUCCCUUCUUGCUCAGAUCUACAGAGAAAUCAGAAGAAAGAGUCUUUUCUUCCGCGCUUCUUCUCAUGUAGACGGAGGAGGAGGAGGCGGCGAGACCCCGUGCUGAAAGGUAAUAUCAGCAGCUAAAAGACGUAAGGAAUUUGGAUAUCUUUUCCAGUAAGACUCUCUAAUUCUGUCUAUAUAUAAUUACAGAUAAUCCAGAAGAAGGAACUGCACUAACUGUUCUAAACCAUUCCAAUGGAGACUAUGCCAAGAGUACCUCUGAUGCUUAAUUCCUGAAUGAAAGCCUCCAAUGUAACUUAUCGAUGGAGUUGGACAUAAAAAUAUUUAAGCUUGGGGUUAUGACCUCUCAACUAUUAGACGGAUAAGCGGACAUUCAUGAAGCCUCCGAUUGUCGAUAAUCCGUUCCUGUAAACAAAUAUCCUUUAUAAAUAUCAGGCCAAAAAGUUGUUGGCUACAUCCUGUCGUUGACGGGAAGGAGAGAAACUGGAUUACAAGCCUGAAUCUGCUUGUAAAAGUGGACCUUGUGACUUAAACCUCACAGAAUGAGAUUAACUCUUUUUUGUUUCGUGCCUUACUAUAUAGUUUAUAAAACUAGACUGAAAUGUUUUAUUGUAUUCUAGCUUCUAAAAGUAGACAAUGCACAGGCUGUGUUAGCUGAUUAUCUGUUAAUUGUAAUGCAGUUUUCUAAAGUGUCAUAGGUGCGAUCUGGUGUCUUCAAGACAUAUGUUCAAGAUAAUUUAAGACAAUAAUACUAUUUAUAUGAACCAGGAUAAGCACUCUCUUUGCGUUUUACUUUAUAUUUCCUUGCACAUCUACUUUCCCUCUCUGAUUGCGGACACUGUUAAGAACACUAGCAUUAGGAAUACAAACCUGUAUUCUUAACAACUUUAUAGUGCAGGGAUAGGCAACCUUCGGCACUCCAGUUGUUGUGGACUACACACCUCCCAUGAUGCUUUGCCAGCAUUACAAGUGUAAGAGCAUUAUGGGGGAAAUGUAGUCCAAAACAUCUGGAGUGCCGAAGGUUGUCUAUCCCUGUAAUAGUGCCUCUGUCCUUAGUCUUGGCAGGUGUACCAACACCCUUUGAAUUAAAAUUAACAUUUUAUCACUUUCUUUCCAUCCGUCACCAAGACUCUAUGCCUUCUGUGAUGUCAUCGAGGAGAUAUGCCCUGCUCGGUGAUGGUCAGAAGCAAUGUUCCUCACAGACGAUCAGUGGGCACCAACUGUGCUUGCGCAGUGAGCACUACCCGCGCAUCCAAUGUUUCUCAUAAAGCAUUGAAGAAUGCAAUACUUUGUUAUGAGCUUCUGCAUCAUGUGACCAAGUUUUACUCUGCCAGCGCAGUUAAAACGCCUCUAGUGGCUAUUUGUGAGGCAGCCAUUAGAUGUGUGUUUUUAAUUCUGUAAUGUAAACCUUGCUGUUUAUACAGGACUUAUUCACUCUUUUAUGGUAAUGGAUAGACCAAUCACUUUUCCUUCUGAUAAUCCUGACAAGUUAUCUAUCACAAAGGUGUUAAACUUAAAUAACUGAAUUGAGAUUCCUUUGGUGGGAAAAAAAAAAACCACAUCAACAAACAGUCUAUGCCUUAACUGCUUAAGGAUGGUGGGCUUUCUACUAUGCUGUCCUUUUCGGAGCGGUCCUAAAUGCCGGCCAUGAGAUCGCGGGGUGG